GAAUGAAUUUAUAUUUUUUGUAAAACAUCCCAUAAUAUGAAGGUUUUGCUGUGAAACCUGCAGCGUUUUGAGCGCCAAAUGACUGACCUUUGACCUUAUUGGAAUUAGCAGGACCUUUAAUCCGGCGAAGGUCAGGCGAUCAGCGGCUAAUUAGAGGGAAUCUGCUGGGAAAACAGAGUUUCUGCAAAUCUUUCCUGAACGAAAGGUUCCUGGGAACGGAUUGAAUAACCCUGCGACCUUUCACGGCUCUGGUGUAAUUACUGCGACCGGCGCCGCUCUCAGCCGGGUCAAACCCAUUCUCCAGCAGGCACCGCUUUUUCUUCUUCAUGUUUUGGAUCUUCUUCCAGAAACCUGUCAGAAAAUUCCCACGUUCUGCUUUGCGGCAAACGCACCGCAGGAGGCGAGGCAGACGGUCCGAGUUGGUUGAAGCAGAAAUCCGUUUGAUUUCCAUAAUGCUGCAGGUUUGGUUUUUCUCCUCAGAUGAAUUGCAGCUGAACAUUUUUCCUUCUGACUCCUCCGCUCGUUCCUUUCAGAUCCCUCAGAUCAGCUACGCAUCCACGGCCCCGGAGCUGAGCGACGACCGCCGCUACGACUUCUUCUCGCGCGUGGUUCCUCCAGACAGCUUCCAGGCGCAGGCCAUGGUGGACGUCGUGAAGGCCAUGGGCUGGAACUACGUCUCCACCGUGGCGUCUGAGGGCAGCUACGGCGAGAAGGGGGUGGAGGCCUUCAUGCAGCUCUCCAGAGAGGCAGGUGGAAUCUGCAUCGCUCAGUCCCUGAAGAUUCCCCACGAACACAAACCGUCGGACUUUGACAAAAUCAUCCGGCAGCUGCUGGAGACCCGCUACGCCAGAACCGUGGUUCUGUUCGCCUCUGACGAGGACAUCAGGGGAAUCCUAAACGCCUCCAAGAGGGCCGAUCAGGUCGGACACUUCCUGUGGAUCGGCUCCGACAGCUGGGGCUCCAAGAACAGCCCCAUCCACCAGCUGGAGGACGCGGCUGUGGGCGCCAUCACCAUCCUGCCCAAGAGGGCCACCAUCAGUGGCUUCGACGCCUACUUCAUGUCACGGACCCUGGAGAACAACCGGAGGAACGUCUGGUUCGCCGAGUACUGGGAGGAGAACUUCAACUGCAAGCUGAUGAGCUCCUCCAAGAAGGACGACAGCAGCAGGAAGUGCACAGGUCAGGAACGAAUCGGCAUCCACUCCAAGUACGAGCAGGAGGGCAAGGUGCAGUUUGUGAUCGACGCCGUGUACGCCAUGGCGCACGCGCUGCACAACAUGCAGCGGGACCUGUGUCCUGACGUGUCGGGCAUCUGCCCAGAGAUGGAGCUGGCCGGCGGGAAGAAACUGCUCAAGUACAUCCGCAGCGUCGGCUUCAACGGAAGUGCCGGCACAUCGGUGACAUUCAACAGAAAUGGCGACGCUCCGGGUCGCUACGACCUGUUCCAGUACCAGCGGAGCAACGGAACCGGGUCGGGAUACAGAGCGGUGGGACAGUGGACCGAGACGCUGCAGCUCAAUAUGGAGGACCUGCGGUGGCCCCGGGGGGAGCAGGACGUCCCGGUCUCGGUGUGCAGCCUGCCCUGCGAGGCCGGCGAGAGGAAGAAGGUGGUGAAGGGCAUGCCGUGCUGCUGGCACUGCGAGCCCUGCGACGGAUACCAGUUCCAGGCCGACGAGUUCAGCUGCAAGCUCUGCGCCUACAACAUGCGGCCCGGCGCCAACCGGACCUCCUGCCGGCCCAUACCCAUCAUCAAGCUGGAGUGGCACUCGCCCUGGGCGGUCAUCCCCGUGUUCCUGGCCAUGCUGGGCAUCAUCGCCACCAUCUUUGUCAUGGCGACCUUCGUGCGCUACAACGACACGCCGAUCGUCCGGGCGUCGGGCCGGGAGCUGAGCUACGUCCUCCUGACCGGAAUAUUCCUGUGCUACAUCAUCACCUUCCUGAUGAUCGCCAAGCCGGACGUGGGCGUGUGCUCGUUCCGGCGGGUCUUCCUGGGUCUGGGGAUGUGCAUCAGCUACGCCGCGCUGCUCACCAAGACCAACCGCAUCUACCGCAUCUUCGAGCAGGGCAAGAAGUCUGUGACGGCGCCGCGGCUGAUCAGCCCCACCUCCCAGCUGGCCAUCGCCUUCAGCCUCAUCUCCGUGCAGCUGCUGGGGGUUCUGGUCUGGUUCGGGGUGGACCCGCCCAACACCGUGGUGGACUUCGACGAGCAGAGGACCAUUGACCCCGAGCUGGCGCGGGGCGUGUUGAAAUGUGACAUCACGGAUCUGCAGAUCAUCUGCUCGUUGGGAUACAGCAUCUUGCUGAUGGUGACGUGUACUGUUUACGCCAUCAAGACCCGGGGCGUCCCGGAGAACUUUAACGAGGCCAAGCCCAUCGGCUUCACCAUGUACACCACCUGCAUCGUGUGGCUGGCCUUCAUCCCCAUCUUCUUCGGCACGGCUCAGUCUGCAGAGAAGCUCUACAUCCAGACCUCCACCCUCACCGUCUCCAUGAACCUGAGCGCCUCCGUCGCCCUCGGCCUGCUCUUUGUGCCCAAGGUCUACGUCAUCAUCUUCCACCCAGAGCUCAACGUCCAGAAGAGGAAGCGCUCCUUCAAGGCCGUGGUCACCGCCGCCACCAUGUCGUCCCGGCUGUCCCACAAGGCGGCCGACCGGCCCAACGGCGAGGCCAAGACGGAGCUGUGCGAGAACCUGGAGCCCAGCAGUCCAGCAGCGAAGACCAAGUACGUGAGCUACAACGACGUCGUGAUCUAACUCCAUCCUCCAUCUGCGAGCGGUCUGCUGGUCCGAUCCUCUUCAGCCGGGGAACUGGGCCGCCGGUUCUGUUCUGAUCCGCUCUGAGCGUGGACUCAUGGGACGGAGGUGUCUGACCUGACGGCGCGCCGAACCCGGAGCGUUCUGGAGGCUGAUUCAUCCGUCGCUUUCUUCCAUCGGACCCGUCCUUCGGUUCUGCUCGUUCUGGUGCCGGGAUGACUCUGGCCCGCUGGCGGAUCCGUUCUGCUUCCUGGAUGAACAUCUCAUUGUUUUCUGUGUUUAUUGAAGCCACACACCUGCAGAGCUGAGCUCACGCUGCCACCUGGAGGCUGGAGGAUGAAACGCGUCCAGAACCAGUGGAACCGGUCCGCUGGUUCUGGACUGAGACUGAGGCGCACGGUGACCACGCCACCACCUUCACAGCUUCAUGUAAUUAUCGAUGGUGCAUGUUUUAUUUGGUUUGCAGGUCCAUGUUCGUGCUCCAACUUUGGGAACUCUACAUCCAGAAUGCUUUGCAGGAUUGUGGGAGGAGCUGUGAGAGGAAGUAGCAGCUGUGAUGUGCCAGUGCCGUCGUGUGCGUCCGUUCCCAUCCUGUCCGGUUCCCAGCUUGUGUUUGCGGUUCCUCCGUCUGUGGCUCUUUGUGUUUCUGAGGCGAUGGUUUCUGUUAAUGUGACCGUUCUGCAUGUCCAGUCCGACCCGCCUGACACCCCAAGCGUCUCCAGUGUACAGUGGUGGGCACACUGAUGCUAAUGUGCUAAUGCGCUAACAGCAGAGCUAGCUUUUGUUUGGUGCAGGUGUGUCCAAACUGCUGUCAUGCGAGAACAUUGUUGAAAUGAAGCCGGAUUUGUUGUUGGCUGAGUUUUGGUAGGAAAACCUCAGAGGAUUUUGGACGUUUGUUUUAUGGAGACAUUGUUUAUUGUGGAAACUGGAUUCGGAUCGCUUUCUUUGGAACGCUGGCUCUGUAGUCAACUUCAAUAAGAUUACUUUCCACUAAAAGUCUCUGGAUAAAUAUGGUUCUACUUAUUAUAAAACACAUGAGUACUUUGCACUUUACAUUUUCCUUUCCUGUGAUAAUUAUAAUAUUGAUAUCAGUCAGAAUUUUGCCCAGAUUAAAAGUCUCUCUGUAGAACCACCGGCGCCGCAUGGCCCCAUUUAUUUAUUGUUGAAUUGAAUUUGUCACCCACAAAAAGACCUGUCUGCUUUGGUCAGUUUUUUUGUUGUUUUUUUUUCUUUAAUAAAAA